GCGGGGCCCGGGGCACGCUGCGGGGCGGAACCCGGAUGUGACCCAGACCGCGACCCCGGCGGGGGCCCCCACCGGGCCCAGGGGCAUGGCCCGCCACGUGUUCCUGACGGGGCCCCCAGGCAGUGGGGAAGCUGUGAAGAGUGUGGUUGGAGGAAUUUCUGAUACCCAGAGAACUCCGCAAUACUGCAAAAGACUGUCCUCUGGAAGUGGAUUUGUCAGUCCUCUGUCGGAAACUGGGAAUGCCGUUUGCUCAGCAGGCUGGCCCCACACCAUCGACUGUGUUUCAUAACAGAAGUGAUCUGUCACUCUCAUCAUUCCUGCCUGGGCCCUGGCGGUGGCUGGGCCUGAGGUUGGCCAGGAGUUGGAAAAACAACAUUGAUCCAGAAAGCCAGUGAGGUUUUAAAAUCCUCUGGUGUGCCUGUCGAUGGAUUUUACACCGAAGAAGUCAGACAGGGAGGGAGAAGAAUAGGAUUCGAUGUUGUCACAUUAUCCGGCAUGCGGGGAGUUUUGUCUAGAAUUGGGUCAGAGCCUCCGCCUGGAAAACGUGAAUGCCGAGUCGGACAGUAUGUGGUGGAUCUGACUUCCUUUGAGCUCUUGGCACUUCCAGUCUUGAGGAAUGCAGGUUCCAGCAGUGGCCCAGGGCAGAGGGUGUGUGUCAUCGAUGAGAUUGGGAAGAUGGAGCUCUUCAGUCAACCUUUUAUCCAGGCUGUUCGUCAGACGCUGUCCACCCCAGGGACUGUAGUCCUGGGUACGAUCCCAAUACCUAAAGGAAAACCGCUGGCCCUCGUGGAAGAAAUCAGGAACAGAAACGAUGUUCAGGUGUUCAGUUAUUUUAAUCUCACCGGGAGUUCGAUGCUGCCCUCUGGGUCCAUGGACUCCUACAGUUACACGAGUGAGAGAAGGUCUGUCAGCCUCUGGAUCCAAGGUCACCAAGGAAAACAGAAACCACCUUUUGCCAGAUAUUGUGACGUGUGUGCAAAGCAGCAGCAAGUGAAGAUGGUUUGUGUUCCUGUUUCGUGCACUUCAGGAUGCGCUGGUUCACACCAAGCCUCAUCAGUGCCCUGCCUGUCAAGGAUUCAUGCCUUCAGGCUUAUGAAACCUUAUGGGCUUUUCCAGAGAAAGCCUGACAGCUGUUUUCCAUAAAAUGUUUAAAAGAUCAAAUUAGCCCAAAUGCUGGAUUGGCGCGACAAGAUGAACAGUCCACCGCGCUUUAUUUAUGUGGAGAGGUUUCUGUUUAUUUCCUCUUGCAGUUGUGCGUAUGAUUUUGGUAGAUCAUGAAAUGAGAAAUGGUUUUCAGAGUAUUAGAUGGAACUUGCCCCCACUGAAGUUUAUAAGGGUGUUCUGGGGAAGGGGGAGGGGAGCGUUCGCUAUCUAAUCAGUUCUGCACAUAAUGAAAAUUAAAGCCCUCUCCAGGUGCAGCUUUGGCUUAAAACUGGUUACUUCAGAGAAAAGCCAUGUGAGGUCCUCCCCACCCGUCUCAUUGUUUAUUUGAUUGCUUAUUGCUUAAUAAAAUACAACUAAAUGUGGUUGCAAA